UUAUUUUAUUUACUUCAGUCAUGUGGAACGCUCUAGGAUUUCCGGCUCUUUUGGUUGCUUUGAUUUUUCCCAAAUGGAUCCAUUCUACAAGGAUGAAAGGCUAUAUAGAUCUCGAUACGCGAUUCAAGACGCAAUUAAAAGGCUACUCGGAGGACCUGCAGGAUCACAUUAUUACCUUAAAUAGUUAUAUAGAAGAACGAAAAUCUGAGCUGGAAUAUGUGGGCAAAGAUCCUGAAGUGUAUCUGGGCAAUCCUCUCAAUAGCUUCUCUUUAUUGCACCACUUGCACUUUGAUUGGCAAGCAUGGAGAAAGCUAAUGGAAAAGCCCUUGGCCACAGAGUAUAUAUCCGAGAUUGAGGAGAUUCUGGACGAGAUUCCAACGAAAGAUGAAUAUACGAAUUCCAUGAAAGGGGCAUUGGAUUUCCAUAAGAACGAAACCCUGGGAAAUUUUGAGUUUAGUGCUUUGGAGUCGCUGCAAUUCGCACUGCAUACAUACGACAAGAAAAACUACAAAGAUGCGGAAAACUGGCUAAAUUUAACUAUUAAUGGUUAUAAAAAACUCAGUCUCCAGGAAAAGGAACUUUAUGAAGUACUAAACCCUGUUAAUGAGAGUCAGGUGGAGGAUCUUUAUACCAAAGUAAAGGGAAUAACAAAUGGAGCGUAAAAAUGUGCAAAAACAAAAUCGAUCUGACUUGUUUAAAUGUAUUAGUUAUGGUUUAUGGCAGUAAUAAUCACAAAUAUAUAUAUCAG